GCAUAUUAUUUGAGGAAAACCACUAUGAAAAAUAAGUCCUGCUUACUCUCUGCCUUUAUAUUGUGCUCGAAGAUCUAGACUGGGUUUAACGGGAAGCAGUGUUGUGCUGUGCUUGUGUCUGCUCCCUGCUAAAUCCCUGAGUGGUGAUGGCACACUUUUAGUUAGGUUAUUCGGGAGCUCAUGAGAGAUCCCUCUCUCGGGUGUGAAAUUCCCCUUAUAUGUGACCUCCACUCCCUGUUUAUAACCCUCGUCUCUGCACCAUGCCUGCUGAUUCGCACACCACCCCCUUGGAAGUAUGAGUCUUCUCCGUGUCUCGUCCUACCGCCGCUUGUUUGAGGAGGAGGAGUGGGGUUCGGGCCCAGCGGCGAGCCUCCAGUGUGGGGGGCAGUACCGAGUAGCAGCCAGAGCUGGUCGCGGUGUGGAGCUGGUGGAGCCGGACUUCGCUGCUGCCCGGACUCUGAACAGAGAGGGUCUGUCGAGCUGUGUGAGGGACCGCGGUCUGAUAGCGGCUCUCAACAACAGGCUGGUCAACCUUAUUGAAACGGCCCACUGUCUGGAGGAGGAGAAUGAAAUGCUGGAAGCAGAGAUCCUGGAGCUGGAGAGGAGGCUGGAGAGUCGCACCUCCCCCUCCUCAACCAGCCAGCGAGAGAACAUCUUGGACCUGAGCGCCGUGGUGGAGAGGCUCAGGAAGGAGAGGGAAGAGAUCGUGUCCGAUAUCGAUGCCCGACAGAAACAGCUCCUGAUCCUGCAAAAGAAAUUGGGACACACCUCCGAGCAACGUGCUCACCUGGAGCUGCAGAGGGAGGAGAUCACUCCGGAGGUGGACGCUGUGACAGCGGAGUGCCUAGCACUGCAGGAGCAGGUAGGCAUUUAUGAGGAGCAGCUGGUGCUGAUGCAGGAGGAGCACGAGCAGCGUGUGGAGACCCUGGUUGCCCCUAGUGACGGUGCCCCAUUGGUUAGCCUGGCAUUCCCUACCCCUGAUGUGACCCCCACUGUCCUGAAUAUCAAGGAGUAUUACAGGGAGUUGGCUGAGAACCUGCAGUUUGAGCCAGCUGCUAUCACAUGGGACGAGGAAACAAAGAAGCCGAAGGCUGGCACAGAAUUCGGGGUCGAAGGGAGAAGCGUGAGCAAUGUUGGAGAACUGAAGAAACGGAUUGCUGAGCUGGAGAAGGAGCUGGAGGCUCUGCGGCAGUGUGGAGAGGCUCUAGAGAGGGAGAUCGAGGACCAGGAGGUUCUCCACGAAGAGGAGAUCGCUCAUCUGGAGGACUGCGCCGCGGAGCUGCAGGAGAGCCACAAGGUCCUUCAGCAGGAGAUUAGAGAGCAGGCCGACAAUUAUGAGGAGCUCCUGAGCGAGAAGAUGGCCCUGGAUAUCGAGAUUGCAGCCUACAGGGGAUUGGUUGAAGAAGAAGUGGAGAGACUAUGCUACUAUUAAUUGUCUGGAGCAGCAGAAUUCCAAGUGCAAGACCGUUCUAGAACAGUGUACUGUUCUAGAGCAGGGUGCAGUGUUCCUUUCCCAGCAGCACACAGAAACAGGCUGGGGUGGUUCAUUUCAAGCAGAAGCAGCACUGAACCAUUGAAACAGCAACCAGGACUUUAGGAAGGUCACCAUCAUCUAACACAGCAGAGUGGAUGUUACUGUAUACACAGAUAUAAAUUCAUUAAACUGCUUGACACAAA